AUGGUGGCUGUGGAUGAGAAGGUCAACGUCAUUGACGUUGUAGAUGAGAAGGCCCAGUACGCCGGAGACCAGCUCCAGGACACAGCAAGGCUUCUGGGUUGCAGUCCACAGGAAUAUCUCGAGGCGGAGGAGCACAGCAAAACCAUCGACCUAGCAGAAGCUGCCAAACGCGCGACUCAUAUCCUCGACUUCCACGAGCACGACCCCAACUUCAACCGCGAAUCCAUCGUGCGCCUACAAGCCUUCAUCAACCACCCACAUCUAUCCCAGAACCCCGAUGCGCACGCCGAACUCAUCUCCGAAAUCAAAGUCGAAAUUUCCCUAUUGACUGAGAACUCGCCCUAUGCGGAAGUGCGCGCGGUCGUCAGCAACAAGGACGAUGAGUCCACAUCUGCAGGCACGAUCCGCGCUUGGACGAUCGGCCUUCUUUUCGUCGUCUUGCUGAGCUUCGUCAACCAGCUCUUUUCCGUCCGUCAGCCUGCAAUCAGAAUCGAAGGUGCAGUCGUGCAGCUUUUAUCAUACCCACUGGGUAAGGCCUGGGAGAAGUGGCUGCCCACUGGUGAAUUUGCCCUGCUUGGCUCAACGUUCAAGCUGAACCCCGGAAAGUUCACGCAAAAGGAGCAUAUGUUGAUCUCUAUCAUGGCCAAUGUGGCGUCGGGUCUGCCGCACUCGCGCUACAUUAUUUUCACGACGUGGAUGAAGAAAUACUUCAAUAUGCCAUUUGCGGGAUCGUUUGGAUUCCAGGUCUGCGUUUCGCUCUCCAUGAAUCUCAUGGGGUAUGGACUUGCUGGCCUGGCUCGGCGAUUCCUCGUUUAUCCAUCGUUUUGUAUCUGGCCCCGUUCGCUGGUCACUGUAGCGUUGAACCAGUCUCUUCACGAAGAUCAAAGUGAGGCUGUUCCAGGUCCAUUCAAAAGGCUCUACAACAUGUCGCGCUACAAGUUCUUCCUAAUCGCCUUUGCAUCCAUGUUUGUCUGGUUCUGGUUCCCUGACUAUAUCGUCACCGCCGUCUCGCUCUUCAACUGGCUUGCCUGGAUUGCACCAGAGAACUUCACGCUGACUGCUGUUACGGGCCUGCAAAAGGGCCUUGGCUUCAACCCUUUGCCAACUUUCGACUGGAAUAUUGUCACCCACAACGUUGACCCGCUAGUUGUUCCAUUUCACGUCACCUUCAACAUGUUUAUUGGUGUCUUGCUGGGUGCAAUCGUUCUUAUAGGGCUGUACUGGACCAACACAUACCACACAGGAUACCUGCCCAUCAAUACCAACACGAUGUUUACCAACAACGGGUCCCAGUACGACGUCUCGGCAAUUCUCAACGACAAGGGCCUCCUUGAUACGGAGAAAUACCUGGCUUACAGCCCGGUGUACAUUGCCGCUUCAUCUGUUGUUUACUAUAUCUUCUUCUUCGCUGUUUACAGUGCCGUGGUGUCGUAUGCUCUGCUCCAUCACCGCAAAGAUAUAGCAUUGGGUUUCCGAUCUCUAUUCAACACCUUCAAGAAAGAUGGCCGGCAAACCGACUUCAAAGACAUCCACAGCCGGCUUAUGAGGAAGUAUCGCGAGGCACCGGAGUGGUGGUACCUUGUUCUGAAUGCCAUCGCAAUCGGACUCGGAGUAGCCGCAGUAGCAGGCUGGCCCACCAACACCAGCGUGGGCGUCGUCUUCUUCGGCAUCGCGCUGGCUAUCAUUUUCACCAUCCCAACAGGCAUCAUCUACGCCACCACGGGCAUCGAAGUCGAAUAUAACGUGCUAGCGGAGUUUAUCGGCGGCGCAUGGCAGCCCGGCAACGCUCUGGCGAUGAACUUCUUCAAAGGCUUCGGCUACGUGACAACAGCCCACGCCCUCAGUUUCGCCAAUGACCUAAAGCUUGGGCACUACCUCAAAGUCCCUCCGCGCCAGACAUUCUGGUGCCAGGUCGUCGCGACCAUCGUCUCCGCCCUCGUCUGCACAGGCGUCAUGAACUUCCAAAUCACCCGCAUCCCAGACAUGUGCGAAGCCAACCAGCGCGACAAAUUCACCUGCCCGAAUCUCCAAUCCUACUUCACAGCCGCCGUGCUCUUCGGAUCCCUCGGCGCCCGGCGCGUCUUCGGUGCCGGCGCGCAGUACACGGCCCUCCUCGCCGCUUUCCCCGUUGGCCUUGCCAUCCCUGUAAUCCACUACUACAGCACGCGCCACCUGGCCAGAACACACUUCCUCACCAAGAUCCACCCCGUCGUGAUCCUGAGCGGGGGCCACGCCUGGUCGCCUUAUAACCUCGGGUAUAUGUGGCCGGCGGUGCUGCCGGGUUGGAUCAGCUGGACGUAUUUGCGGAAGAGGUAUUUGGGCUUUUGGUCCAAGUAUAACUAUGUUCUGUCAGCGGCAUUUUCAUCGGGCAUUGCGAUUGCCGCCGUGGUGAUUUUCUUUGCGGUUAGUUAUCAUGGGGCGGAGGUGGAUUGGAUUGGGAAUUCGCCGGAGAGGGGGUGUGAGGCUAGUGCUUGUACGAGGCUGAAGUUGGAAGAGGGGGAGUACUUUGGGCCUAGGGUUGGCACUUGGGUUGUUUAG